GUGACUUAUGUAACAAAUUCAACUAAUCAGAGUUGGUUUAGGAAAACUAAGAAGGUUACCAUGGUUGAAAUCUCAGAAGAUGAUUCUGCUUCUAAUCUUCCAAUUAUACAUGGAGUGGCAUCACAAAUGGGACCUCCCCCUCCACGUCCACCGCGUUCUGGACAAGUGCAUGGACCAUCAGCAGGGACAGGGAGUACCGCUGGCUCAUCUACACCAGCUUCUGAACCUUCACAUGCUUGUGGCGCAGGUGAAACAUUAGAUAAUAAUCCUAAUGCUGGUGUGAAGAGAUCAAAGGUAUGGGAUCACUAUGAUAUUUAUGAAAAUGGUGAGAGAGCGAAAUGUAAAUAUUGCAAAAAGGCUAAUUACAAGAUUGGUAAGAAAAAUUUGGAUGGUAAGAAACAUGGGACUUCUAAUCUCCAACAUCAUUUGGAUAAGUGUCAGAAGUAUAAGAAUGAAAUGAAUGAGGCUAGAGCUGACGGACAAAACACUUGA